UGUGUGUGUGUGUGUUGGGGGGGGGUUAUGUCUCCGCCCGCUCGGCCGGUGCUCUUUAUUAUGCCUUUCUUCUUCUUUUCAUUCGUUUAUUUCUAGUUGCAGUAGGGAAAGUUUCAGGAAUGUCGUUAAAUUAUUUCCGUUAAUUAAGGUUGAACGCUAGCAUAGCUCAGUAAUUAGCUCUUGUUCGGGGUCCGAACAGAAAUGGAGACGCGGGUAUCGGACCUUUUCGGCGCAGGUUCCGCUUUUAAACCAGGAACCGGAUCAGCUGCUGCCGCGCUCCCGAAAAAGGCGAGUUCAAAAAACGGCAAAAAGGCGAAGAGCCGGUCUGCACGCUAUCCUAAAUCUAACAUCAGCCCGCCGUAUCUACCUCCGGAGGCUGAAGAGGGAAAUAUAGAGUACAAGUUGAAGCUGGUGAACCCCACGCAGUAUCGCUUCGAACACCUGGCCACACAGAUGAAAUGGAGGCUGCAGGAAGGCAGGGGAGAGGCCGUGUAUCAAAUCGGAGUGGAAGACAAUGGCUUGUUGGUCGGAUUAUCCGAAGCAGAUAUGAGAGCCUCGCUCCGGACCCUUCACAUGAUGGCUGAGAAGGUGGGUGCUGACAUUACAGUUCUCAGAGAGAGGGAGGUGGAUUAUGACUCGGAGGAGCCACGAAAAAUUGCAGAAGUCCUUGUGAGGAAAGUGCCGGAUGACCAGCAGUUCCUGGACCUACGGGUAGCUGUGCUGGGUAACGUGGACUCGGGGAAGUCGACACUCCUUGGCGUGCUAACUCAAGGGGAACUGGACAAUGGCAGGGGUAGAGCACGGUUAAAUCUCUUCAGGCAUCUCCAUGAGAUUCAGACAGGCAGGACCUCCAGUAUCAGCUUUGAGAUCCUGGGCUUUAACAGCAAAGGAGAGGUGGUGAAUUAUAGCGAGUCACGGACGGCAGAGGAAAUUUGUGAAAGCGCCUCAAAAAUGAUAACCUUCAUAGACUUGGCUGGCCAUCAUAAAUACCUGAAGACUACCAUCUUUGGCCUUACCAGUUAUUGCCCUGACUUUGCCAUGCUAGUCGUCAGCGCAAACACUGGCAUCGUGGGUACCACGCGAGAGCACCUUGGCCUGGCCCUUGCUUUAAAGGUGCCGAUCUUCAUCGUGGUCAGUAAGGUGGAUCUGUGCACUAAAGCCACAGUGGAAAGGACUGUACGGCAGCUGGAGCGCGUCCUCAAGCAGCCUGGCUGCAACAAAGUUCCACUGGUGGUGAGCACGGAGGAUGACGCAGUCACCGCUGCCCAGCAGUUCACACAGUCCCCCAGCAUCACGCCGAUCUUCACACUAUCCAGCGUAACCGGAGAGAACCUGGAGCUGCUCAAGGUGUUCUUUAACAUCCUGCCUCCCCUAAGCAACAGCAAAGAGCAGGAGGAGCUCAUGCAGCAACUCACCGAGUUCCAGGUUGAUGAGAUUUAUACAGUGCCAGAUGUUGGGACUGUAGUGGGUGGAACUCUUUACAGCGGUAUCUGUCGAGAAGGGGAGCAGUUAGCGGUAGGUCCGAUGGACGACGGCCAGUUCUGCAAUCUCACCGUGUGUAGCAUCCAGAGAAACCGAUCCGCAUGCAGGGUGCUCCGAGCAGGACAGGCAGCUACACUAGCUCUGGGCGAGUUCGACCGCUCGUUAUUACGAAAGGGAAUGGUGAUGGUGAGUCCAGAGAUGAAUCCCACUAUCUGUUGGAUGUUUGAAGCUGAGAUUGUCCUGCUCUUCCACGCUAAGACUUUCCACAAGGGCUUUCAGGUGACGGUACACGUGGGCAAUGUAAGACAGACGGCCACAGUGGAGGCUCUGCAAGGGAAGGAGGAGCUACGCACAGGAGAGAAAGCAGUGGCGCGAUUCAAGUUUCUCAAGCAUCCGGAAUACCUCAAAGUAGGCGCCAAGCUGCUCUUCAGACAUGGAGUUACCAAAGGCAUUGGACAAGUCACCAAACUCCAGCCCUUGUCCCAAUACCAACACCAAGCAUAGUCUCAUUCUUAAUCAUGCUUGUCUUUCUCUCUCGCUCUCUCUCUCUCCAAACUCAGAGGAUACAAGCACAGCCUACCAGAAUACACCAGUCUUUUAAGCAUCCUCUGAGGUUCUUUUUGUUGUACCCCCAACCACAAUAUCAUUUACACAUUACCCUUUUCUUUUACCAAAGCCUUUUCUACACCGACCUCAAGCCUUUUUUAAAGAACCGUUUUCCUUAAAAACUUUAAAGUGUUUUAAUUGUGGCAAUAGGAACACAGGCAGUGAGCUGUUCUUGUUAAGUGUGAAUGCACUGGUAUCAUGGUUGGAUUUGAAGUAGAACCCUAGUCGCUGUUCUUGUUACUAGGAGUGAACAUGUAGCCAUUUGGAUUGUUUCAGUAGAAGGUAAAGUCAAAUCAACUAACUGGCUCAAAGGUAAAUGGUACCCUAAAGCUGCCAGGUACAGAAUAUUACCUUAUCAGUAUGGUUUGUUUGACUUUUCUAUUUUCAAGACUUCCAAUGAGCUUAUUGCACAAACAGUUCACAAGUGUAAAUAAUAUAACGGUGCUUCAAGAUCUUUUCAGAAUCUAGUCCCAGGCUUAAUCAGUAGAACAAGGUGUUGUUGGAUCUAAACUUUGCUGCUUGGUAGAUGCCUAGUAAAGCAAUUUAUAUUAAUAAUUGAAGGCAGCAGACUUUCAGAUCUUGAAUGAGAGUUCAUCUGGAGCCAGUGUAUUGACAAGCAUACUGAAGUGUAAGACGUUAAGGAUUAAAAUGGCAGCUACAAUGGUGACUGAUUUUUAAUACCAACUUUUCAACCUAAAUGCCAGCACUGUUAGCUUAAAGCUUUCUAAUCUCAACCUGCUAACAGUCUCUCUUGUCUUCUGUAAAAGGAUGACGGAUAUGAAACGAGGCACUUUAAUGUAGUGGCAGGCUCAGGCUUUACAGCGUUGAAUGUUUCAGUUCAAUUGAGGCACCUUGACGGUGUCUCACACUGCUUUAACAUCAUGUUGUUUCCGUGCUUUACUGUUGCCGAACCACUUCGUAUGUCAAUAUCAGAGUCAUCCUGUUUGUAGUAACGUUGAUUAA